AUGGGGAACGAUAUGCAAAGAGUAUAACAAUUAGGGGAUAGUAUAAGAUAGUUGCGAGAAGAUAUGGAUGCAUUAUCCAAAAUUGCACCUUAGGUUGAAAAGAUGGUUGCAUUGGCAGGCACCUUAGAGUCUACAACUAAAAAUGUAAUUUAGACUUUUAAGUAUAAGAUUAAUGAGAACAUAGCUAAAGUGAACAAAACAGUUUCAGAUGUUGAAGACAAGUCAAAAAAAGUAAAGGAAUUGAUGGAUAAAGUACCUGCAGGCAUGAAAUUUUUUUGA